AUGAGGAGCACACACGGCAGAGAUCACCGCAGACACGGACACGUACACGUCAUUUCACCCACGGAGCGUCCACACACAGUCUAUGAUCCUCCAGUCCCCCUGUGCGAAGGGGCUCCGCGGUCAGCCCUCUCCCCAGUCCACGGUCCCUCCUCUUUAGCCUUCAAUCCCUGCCUACUUUUCCUGUCAGAAGGCGUCCAGAUCACGGAUGAAAACCAGGACACGCUGCAGGCAAAUCACCAUAAAGUUUACUGUAGUGACACCUGGGCUGUGUAA